AGUCCACUGACUUGCUGGCGACACGCCACGCCACGCCACGCCCGUCGCCGGCUAAGCUCCGCGACGGACACCGUGAGGAAGCACGCGCCUGGAUGCAAACGCCGACAGUGUAGUGGAGCAGUGUAGUGCACCGUAGCGGCUUGCAGUGGCGCGACGGUCAGCCAGAGGCGUAGUGACUGCGUGCGUCGGUGCAGUGCCUGCAGUGCCUGCAGCGCCCAGCGGCCGCCCUUGCAGUGCAGGCGGCGGAGCCCUGCCACCGCCAGCGCCGGCCCUGCAGCGCCUGCAACGCCUGCAACGCAUGGAUACCACGGCCAGCCCAACGGCCAGCUUGUCGCUGUCCCCGCCCGAGAUGAGCGCGGAGCGGAAGGUGAGCGCCCCCGCGGCCCCGCUGUCGCUGUCCGCGCCACUGUCCACGGACAGCCCGCCCGCCCUGAAGCUGCGCGGCGGCGCCCCGGACAGCAGCCCCUCGGAGGCGCGGGGGCCCGGCCGGAAGCUGUCCGGGCUGUCCGGGCUGUGCGGCGCGGACGCCGGCCGGCCGCACCAGCAGCACCAGCGGUUCACGCCGCCCACCGAGGACGACGAGGAGAUGGACCUCAAGCUGGCGCAGAAGCUGGGCAUCUCGGACUCGGUGUCCGACGGCCACAUCUCGCCCAGCAGGACGAGCUUCAGCUCGGCCAUGCACCCCGGCAUCCUGAAGCACUCCGAGUACGACCUGCGGUCGCACCUCCCCGACGGCCAGGCGGCGGACGGUGCGGGGCAGCCGGCGGCGGGCACGCCCGUGACCCCCGGCAGCGUGACCAGCACGUCGCCCACCAGCCCCUUCAGCCUGGGCAGCGGCAACAGCCAGGCCAGCGAGCCGCGGCGGCGGGUGUCCAUCGCCGUGCAGGACGAGCCGCCCUCCAAGAAGCUCAGCGUGGCGUCCUUCGCGUCCUCCACGCACUCCCACAAGGCCGCCGAGCUGCACCAGCAGCAGCACGCCGACGGCAAGCUUGCAGAAAACGGGAAAACGCCGAGCAUAGUGGAAAAUGGCGUCCUCAAGAAGAGAUCCUUCAUCGAAAUCAUGUACAACAAAGUCCACCCCGACAGAAAUAUUGAAUCGUCCAGCUGGUACCUGUUCUGCAAGAAGGUGCGCAAGAAGGACGAGGAGGCCGCCGCCGACGCCUGGGAGCCGGCACACUGGCAGUCCGUGUGCCCGUACCCGUUCUGCCCGACGUACCGGCAGUUCGCGCGCCUCGUGGGGCUCACCAUGGUGGUGCUGCUGCUGUGGGGGUCGGCCUUCGCCGUGCUGGGGGACACACUGGCGCCCGGCGGCGACCUCUUCAGCCUGGCCGUGCUCACCGUGGCCGCGCACUUCGGCGGCUGGCUCGUCUCCCUCACCACCCUGCCCGCCCUGGUCGGCAUGCUGCUCGUGGGCAUCCUCUUCCAGAACGUCGGCCUGUACGGCGUCAGCGGGGACUUCGUCGAGGUGGUCAGUGUGCUCAGGAAGAUCGCGCUGGUCAUCAUCCUGACGAGGGCGGGGCUGGACCUGGACCCGCCCGCCCUCCGGCGGCUGCUCUGCACCGUGCUCAAGAUCGGCCUCAUCCCCUGGGUCAUCGAGUGCGUCACGGUGGCCGUCACCAUGUACUUCUUCUUCGGCAUGCCCUGGAUCUGGGGCUUCAUGCUCGGGUCUGCGGUGGCGGCCGUGAGUCCCGCGGUGACGGUGUCCUGCCUGUUCCGGCUGCGCGCUAAGGGCUACGGCACUGCCAAGGGCAUCCCCACGCUCAUCAUCGCCAUCUCCGGCAUCGACGACGCCGUGUCCGUGGCGGGCUUCGGCAUCAUCAGCAGCAUCUUGUUCUCGCACGACUCGCUGCUGUACCAAAUCAUCCAGGGGCCCCUGUCCGUCGUCAUGGGCCUGGGCUUCGGGGUGCUGUGGGGCAUCCUGGCCAAGUACGUCCCCGAGCGGAACGACCCCUUCGUGGUGCCCCUCCGCGUCCUCAUGCUGUUCGGCGGCGGCCUCAUCGCCGUCCUGGGCUCCGAGGCCAUCGGCCUGGGCGGCGCCGGACCCCUGGCCGUCGUGGCGGCCGCCUUCGUCUCGUGCUACUCCUGGACGCAGCAGGGCUGGGAGGUUGACGACAACCCCGUGGCCACUGCGUUCGAGAUCUUCUGGAUGAUCUUCGAGCCCAUCCUGUUCGGCCUGACGGGCACCAUGAUCAAAAUCGACCAGCUGGACCCGCACACUGUGGGCCUGGUCGCCGGCUGCCUGUUCAUCGGAUUUGUGAUUCGCAUCGGAAGCACCAUCCCGAUCGCCUACAAGAGCGGGCUCAACACCAAGGAGAAGGUGUUCGUGUCGCUGUCGCUGAUGGCCAAGGCCACGGUGCAGGCCGCGCUGUGCACGGUGCCGCUGGACCUGAUGCGCGAGGGCCAGGCCGAGGGCAGCGGGCAGGCCGAGGGGCAGGCCGCCGGCCACUCGGAGACCCGCGGCCACGCCGAGCUCUUCCUCACCACGUGCGUCGUGUCCAUCCUGCUGACGGCGCCGACCAUCGCCAUCCUGAUGACGCUGCUCGGGCCGCGCCUGCUCACCAAGACCGCCGUGGACCCCGAGUUCCCGGAGAACUGGCGGCGGCACACGCGGCCCUCGCUGCGCGACAUCUCCAUCAUCGACGAGGGCGACGAGGACGACGACGACAACCUGGGCAAGCUGUCGCGGCGGUCGUCGCGCCGCCAGUCGGCGUCCAUCAAGGACAAGGACAGCGCCAAGUACGACGUCCGCAGCGACUCGACCACCGCCGCCCCGGUGGCCCUCAACACCACCUCCGUGCCGUGAGCGCGGCGGCGGUGGACCUUAAGGCUGAUCCCGCUAGGCCGCUCCCAAUAGACACUCUUGCCGAGCGAUCCCGAAGUCUCGUUUCGUCGCUGUCUCUCUCGCACCCCGACGGGACGACCCGCGAGUGCGACAGGGCCAGGGCGACGAAACGACUGUUCGGUAUCAGUCUGCUGUCCGGUAACAUGGCCGCGGUCAUGCGUGUAUCGAUGUUAAUGAAAGACUCUUGGGCGAGAUCGCCGAAUCAAGUUUCCAACCUGAAGACUCAUUAAUUGUUGUCGACGUGAGACUAGUAUAGUCGAAAUCCUAAGAUUUUGACGAGCCCCUGAAGUUCUGGGACACAAUGACUUUUCCAGUCUUGAAUUUGGGAGAUGUUGUAGACCGACCUGUGCUAUCCAGAAUGUUUCUUGGUGUAAAUAAGAAGUAAAAAGGCUCAAAACUACGAGGUACUAUCACACAGAAAAAAAGGGUACUAGAAAUAUAUUUUUAAAAAACUGUUUAUCUGUAGCAGUUUUCUGCAACUGACAAAGUUUGUUGUGUAACCGCCAUUCAUAAUCUAGACAGCGUUUAUUUUGUAAUUGGUUCCAGCAGAGGUUUGAGUCCCUCUCUGGCGUCCUUCGAGUGUGCCUUCAAAUGUGAUAGUACUUAACACUGUUGUAAUUUAAAUGACAUAAUAAGUGAACUAAAAGGCAAUAGAUUAUAAAGAUUUCCAAGGUGCUAAAACUUGUUGGGACGUGGUUCCCGUGUUUCUGCAGUCCGACUUCUGCUCGGAAUCCUGAUGUCUUUAGCCAUUAACAUAUCUUCCGAAAUGUGAUACCUUGGUGGAUUGUGUUAGGUAAGGCAUUGCUGCUUCAUUCCAGUACCAAAAUGGUGCCAAUGUGAUGCUCUAUUUUUCUUUCCUUGUUGUUUAACAUUAGAAGAGUUUUUGAAAACCACGAGGUGAUAAUUUAAAACACACCGUUUAUUAUAUAGUAUUAAUGUCUGUAAAUAACCGUCAACGUAUUUUAUGUCGAGGUUUUAGCGAAUGAGAGGACCAAGAAUUGGAAACCAGUGAGUGCCUUUUCAGUGUUUGACGUAGUGAUAUGAAAUUCAUCAAUCAGUCGUUAGCAAGCGCUGACAGCUACAUUUUCUUAUAAUACUCAUCCACUCAUAAUUUGUUUGUAGUUUUAGCGAAGUGUAUUUGGAUGUUUUGUGCCAAUUUUACAUGUAUAUUUACUAUGUAUUUUAAGGACGGAUAUGAUCUGCGAGUAUUCUGAUUGUAGUCUCGUUCCCCAGUGGACCGUACAUGAAAUGUACCUUAAUUUAAUAAUAAAGUUAACAUUAUAGUUUUA